AUGACAGGCAAGGCGAAGCCGAAGAAGCACACGGCGAAGGAGCUCCAAGCCAAAGCCGACGCAGCGUUAACCAACAGAGGCGGAGGAAAGGCGGGGCUCGCGGACAGGACCGGUAAGGAGAAAGGAGGGCACGCGAAGUACGAGUGUCCUCACUGCAAGAUCACGGCGCCUGAUCUGAAGACGAUGCAGAUCCAUCACGAGUCGAAGCAUCCGAAGCUGCCUUACGAGGAGCCGAGGAAUCUCCACGAGGCUCUCUCUGCUCCUGCUGAGUCGUCUAAACCGAAGCCUGGGAUCAGAGGAAGUCUCAAGAAGUGAAUCUUUUGUAUUAUCGAAUUGCGUUUUUUUAAAGAAAAGUUGUUAUCUUUUGUUAUGCGUAUUAUAUGAAGUAAACUGAUAUUUGUUAUAAAGAUUCGUAUGUUUUCUAACUUAUGUGGAGGUUUGGGUUUGGUUCUUUUGAGUUCAUUCUGUUAUGUGUUUAGAUAUGAGUGUUUAUUAAUAAGCUGC